AUUCAUAUUCCUCCUUGUUCAGAGUUCUGGGUUCGAACCAAUUUAUUUUGGUUCGAAUCAAUCUCGGACUUUUGUUUUCCGAAAAUGGUUCGAAGCAAUAUUUCUGGCUUCGAACCAAAAAUUCUGGAAAGUUAAUUUUGACAGUUCAACUAUCUGCUUACUCUUAAUGGGUCAUAGAGGAUCUAAAUGCCUUAGCACUUUCCAAGACAAGUUAGAAGAAAAAGGUGGAACCUUAUUGGAGCUUUUAUCUGGAAAUAAGGAGAGGAAAAGGACGACUGCUACAGAAACUGGGUUCUGGGUUUCCUUCUUCUUUUCUUCUUGUAAGCUUUUGGGUAUAUUGUCUUACAAGGGUUUUGUAUUCUUCUUGGAUUGGGUUAAUCCUUGAAGGGGUUGAGUGAGUUGAGAUUCACUUGUAACGGUUUAAUCUUGCACCCGCAAGCAAGAGGUUGUUCCGGUUUAAUCUUGCACCCGUAAGCAAGAGAUUUCUAGUGGAUUGGACUCUCGAGCAAGGAGGCUUGGGGAGUGGACGUACUCCGGGUUGGAGGAACCACUAUAAAUCACGGCUUGAUUU